AGAUGUUUAUUACAAAGAAAUGUCAAACAUCGAGCAAAAAAGAAGUUGGUGUUUUAUGCGAUCUUUGUAUGGGGUUGUGCCUUUAUCAUAAGUAGUAUCUGUGUCAUCAAAGAUUCUAUUUCCGCAACCAAACUUGCAUCAAAUAAGAUUGUACGACUGACACUUGGAAAUUGUGUACGACUGACACUUGGAAAUUGCUCGCUCUCUGAGAAAGAACCGUUUACAUUUUAUGGAAUCAAAAGUGUUUGUGUCAUUGGUAGCAUUUGCUUGUCCUUCUCUACAGCACUGAAGAUCGCACGCUGUAAAAAGCAAACAAGCUUUCGUCUAACAGAUUCAGAAAGCAAGCGGUAUAAUGACAAUAAGGAAUGGUUUAAUCUGUAUCUGAAGCUAUUUAUUAUGUUGUUUAUCACGAUGAGUAUAAAUUGAACUCACGCAGAAUGUCUGUAUCUUUAUCAUAUUUGUAUGCAAAAAGAAUAUCAAAUUGAUGUUACUGAAGCGAUUCGGAUAUGAGAUGAAUGUAACAUCAACUACUUGCACUGCAACGUCACAGAUGUCUACGCAGGAAAAGGCUAAUUCUUCUGAACAAGAAAAAUGUCACGCGAAAGAUUUGUCCGAUGAAACUCACCUUUAAUGUUAUAAUAUGUAAAAAAAAAAGUUUUAUAGUAGAUUAGAAAUCAACAAUUAACCAGAAAUGAAUUAUAAUUUUAUGACUUUCAAAUCGAAAAUACUUUUAUAC